UCUGCGCGGCUCUGGCUCAAUUAUGAAGAGGAGAAGAUGGAGAAGUUUUCGGCGAGCAUUUCCGACAUCUCCUGGAGCGCCGUGGCGCUGCCGCUGGAUCUGGUGGUCAGCAAAUUCAGACUGCCGACCCUUGUGAGACUCAACCCAGGAGACCAUGUGGAGGGUUUGUCUGAGGACGAUGUGGUGCUGCUGCACUCGUGUCGGCAGUGGACCACGGUGACGGCCCACAGUCUGGAGGAGGGCCACUACGUCAUCGGCCCCAAGAUAGACAUCCCCCUGCAGUACCAGGGCAAGUUUAAGCUGCUGGACCAGGACCGUGAUGUCCGGGAGCCGGUGCAGUAUUUUGCGAGCGUGGAGGAGAUCGCCGGAACGUUCCCUGACCGAGUGUUUGUGAUGGAGAACAUCACCUUCAGUGUAAAGGUGGUGUCCGGCGAGUUCAGCGAGGACAGCGAGGUGUACAACUUCACGCUGCAGGCCGGCGACGAGCUCUCCCUCAUGGGCCAGGCCGAGCUGCUGUGCGUCCAGGGCGGGUCCAGCUCCUCCUCCUCCUCCUCCUCCUCCUCCUCCUCCUCCUCCUCCUCCUCCUCCUCUCGUGGCGGCGAGCGCUCUCGACUGGGCGCCCUCCUGCGCCGCCUGGGCAAGGCUGGCGCUCUGGGUCGGCCGGCGCGCACCAAGAUGCCCUGCCUGAUCUGCAUGAACCACCGCACCAACGAGAGCCUGAGCCUGCCGUUCCAGUGCAAAGGCCGCUUCUGCACGCGCUCGCCGCACGAGCUGCAGAUGGCCGAGGGCGAGCACACGGUGCGCGCCAUCAUCGAGCGCGUGCGGCUGCCCGUCAACGUCUCGGUGCCCUCGCGCCCGCCGCGGAACCCCUACGACGUGCACGCCAUCCGCGAGGGCCAGCGCUACAAGCUGCUCAGCAUCAUCAGCAAGACCGUGGUGCUCUGCUGCGUGCUGCGCAAGGAGGAAGUGACGCCGUCUCACUUCCUGCUGCUCGCCGACAUGCCGCGCUUCCGGCUGCCCGAGGGACUGCUGAGGGGCGACCUGCUCUACCAGCAGGUGGCGCUGCAGAGCGCGCUGCGCUGCCAGGCGGCGUUCGACCCGGACGGCUACUCGCGGGCGGUCAGGGAGGCGCGGACGGACCUGGGCGAGGAGUGCAUGAGCCCGCGGAGGAUCCGCGUGUGUGUGCCGGGCGGCAGCGGCGAGCUGGGGCGCUCGCUACAGAGGCUGUCGCUCUGCGUCUACGGAGGAGGAGGAGGAGGAGGAGUUGGCGUCGGGGGAGGAGGUGUUAUCGGGGGCAUCGGCGGCGGCGCCCACUUGCCCGCCUCACACACUCUGCCGCUGUCGCACGGCUGCCGGGACUCGGUGGGCGACACGGUCUCCACGGCGACGCUGACCCCGACCACCACCACGCACACGGACACGGAGGAGGAGCGCGAGUACGUCGUGCCCGACUGGCCAAUGGAGGAGCCGCAGGAGAUCCCCUACGAGGAGCUGUGGACCAAUCAGAGCAGCGGAGGCGGGAGCUAUGGCGGGGAACCGCCCCCUGCGGUGGAAGGGGGCGGGACUAAGUUGGAACAGAACCUCAUCUCCUUCCACUCGUCCUCCUCCUCUCUAGAAGGCGCCCCCCACGUUACCAUGGUUACGGGACGAGUACCCACCCCUCCCCCUGUGCCACCCAAAUCAGAGGCAGUGAGGGAGGAGUGUCGGUUCCUGAAUGCGCCCCCUGUACCCCCGCGCUGUGCCAAGGGUCCUGUGCCCAGCCCCCCUGUGCCCCCCCGCUUCCCCAAAGCCACCGCCGCCCACACACUCAGCCCCAACCUGUCCUACUACUCCUCUGGGCUGCAGGAGAGCUCUGCUCCCCGUAGUGGUAACUGUUCUCCGUGUCCAGACUCCUACUCGCUGUACUGUUACCCCUGCACCUGGGGCAGCGACUGCGUGACCCCCGCGACCCCCGUGACCUCCGUGACCUCCGUGACCUCCGCUCCCUCGGACGCGCCCAUCAACCCUCCUCCUCCCCCUUCCUCCUCCUCUUCCUCUUCCUCAUCUUCCGCCACCGCCAGCCUAUCCAUGCCCGCCCAGGCCAGCUGGUCCCACCCCCGCGCCUCCUUCUGUCCAAUCAGCACGCCCUCUGCGCCGCUGCUGUCCUCCGACUCCGCCCACAAGAGCUACUCCAGCUGCCCGCGGCCGCGCCCCGUCUCCCAGAGCCGCUUCGCUCCGUUCGGCGCCCUCAACCCCUUCGCCAACCCGGGCCACGCCCACGCGCCCACGUCCACUUCCUGUACGUCGUCCUCGUCCUCGCCGGCCGAGUGGCUGACCGCUGGGCGGACUCCCUCGCCGGGUCCCUCGCUGCUCGCGGGCGACGCCACCACCCUCACCUCGACGCUCUCCGCGGAGCUGGACGAUCCUGGCAGCGCACCGGGCAGAGACUUGGGCACGGGCGCCACCCCCGCGCCAUCUCCGCGGCGAAUCAGGUGCCCCGGAGCGGCCGAGAGCCUCAGCGCCAGCCCCUCGGCCACGCCCACGCCCGCGCCUGCCCCGGGCGAUCCAAUCAGAGGAGCGGAAGGCGGGGCCAGCGGGGUGAUUGGCGGGCCUCUGGCGUCGUCCGAAGAGUGGCGGCCGCCGGCGGAGCUGAGCGCGCUGUCGGUGGAGGAGGUGUCGUCGUGCCUGCGCUUCAUCGGCCUGUCACAGGAAGUGGUGGCGCUGUUCAGCCGCGAGCGCAUCGACGGCUCCAUCUUCACGCAGCUCAGCGAGGAGAUCCUGGCCGACGACUUCCGCCUCACCAAGCUGCAGGUCAAGAAGAUCAUGCAGUUCAUCAAGGGGUGGAGGCCCAAGAUCUAGAACCGGCUAGAACCCCUGGCCGCCGCCGCCGCCGCACGCACAGAACCACGAGGCCCGCGGUCAGACACGGAACACUACGUAACGGAACGCAGAAGGGAUCUGGACACAACCAUGGCAACGCCACGGCAACCAUUACCACAGAACACAACAGCUGCUCGUUUGACUGAUUGACUGACUGGACGUCGAGGUACUCAGUUGUGGUCUGUUUAGGCCAGUUAGAAUGUUCUGGAAGUGUGGAACAUUCUGGAACAAUAAUAAUGAUAAUAAUAAAAAAUGGUGGAUCAGGUUAGAAUAUUUUCAAGUUGAGUUUCUAAGAUCACACCUCCAAACCCAAAUUCACACUAACUCCAGACCAACACACACACACACACACAAGAGGAGAGGUCUGUGUCGUGCUUGUGUGUUAUCUGGUGUGUGUUGAGUCCCGAGUAUAAUGUGCAGCGCCACACACCCACAGCUGUAACCACAACACUGCCCUCUGGUGGACAAAUGAGUGUCAAGGCGUCCUGCUACACUGAUGAGGAGUUGACUGAAUGCCUGGAUGCUUUUCCCUUCACCAGAACCCCCCUCCCCACCGCCUAGCUAGGUUGCUCAUCGGACAUGUGUAUGUGCUUGAUAGGACGAUGUUUUAGGUUAGAUACACUAACACGAGUGAACGGUUGAAGUGUGUGUAGGUGCUUAUGAAACAUGCAUGUCAUGUGCUGGUAGGUCACUCUCGGAGCCAGUUCUGUCCAGCAGUGUGACCCCCCCCCCCCCCCCACCCACCCUGUGAAAGAGCUGCCCAAGCACAGUCUAAAAAACUGCCCAUCAGGCUUAAAGGCACCGUCUGCUAUUCCAGUUCAGUAAAGCUCUUCUCAAUCACAGCAAAAUGCUUCCAACGGUCCUCUGUCCACUCUAUGGGCUCACACACACACACACACAGCACGGCCUCUGCGAACGAGAAAGACUGGCCAUUCAGUAUUUCGACCAAUCACCACUUUGCUUCAGUUACACGGAAGAGAGUCGUGUGUGUGUUUCGACUGGCUGUUUGAGUUCAAAUAUCAACAAGCUUUUGCCAGAAUCGUGGGACUGUUCCUUUAAAAAGUAAAAUGUGUUAAAAGUACGACAAAGUGACUAACCUCCCAAUCAAGGAACUUUUUUGUGUUGUUGUACAGAGAUUUGUGUUUGUUGGUGUAUUUCUGUAAGAAAUGUGUACGAUUCUGACGUCAGUGAAAGAUGCUGGUGUAUCCUUACCCUUGUGCCUGUGUACACGUGCCUUCAGAAUGGGAGGGACUACUUCUCAUGUGACCUGUAUGGAGAGGUGCUAUUGGCCCACGAGACAUUGAUUGACAGCCAAAUGGACCUCUACCUGCUUGCCAAUCAGAGAUUCAAAUGGUGGUGGACGUGCCAGACACCAUCACCACUUUACAUCAAACUUCUCGUCAUCUUCUCCAUUCCCCUUUUUAACCUUCUUAAAACAUUCCUUUCUGAAACAUUCAUUUUCUUUUUUCCCUCUCGGUGAGAUAAAGUCUCCACUGAGCUCGUACAGAACAAUGUGAUGCUCCAUUUUGUUAUGUACUGUACAUCCAGAUGAUGGCCAGGAACUGUGUUGUUGUUUUGGGAGGCGAAGCGAUGCGACGCGGUACCACGUCUAGAGUAGGAAUGUCCUACAGUACGUACAGAGACCAAGUGUUCAGUGUGGUUCUCACAUACUCUCAGAGAAUGUAAUUAGAGAUUACUAACCACUGCCUGCUCCCUGGACCUGUGUGUGUGUGGGUCUGUGUGUGUGUGUGUGUGUGUGUGUGUGUGUAACGCAGUAAUGAGAGGGUGUCAGCAACACAAGCGGCGCUGCCUGCACGGUACGGGAAUGUCAGAACCCUGCGAGGGGCGGGGCGCUCCAUGCGACGGACUCCCACCGCCGCAGCUCUGGAAUAAUAUGUAACAUCAGUCUAGUGUUUAUUUCAAUUGUACUGAAAUCUCAUCUCUGUAUACUUUAAUCCUUUUGGAUUAGUCGCAUCAAUGAAUAAAUACAUACCUACCUAGGGGCA